UUCUUCAUGACUAACAAUUACAUAAGUGCAAUUAGCAAUUAACUCGAAUACAUAUAUAAACUACUAAAUUGGAAUUUGCUCAUCUAUUUUUUCAAUUAUUAAGAUAACACAAAAAUUCGUUGAAAUUUGUCCCCACUUAAAAUAACUUUGACAUAUUCGUCGUACACAAAUAAAUAAAGUGUCACCAUGAUUGAGUAAUAAAUAUCAAUGACUAAUUUCAAUCGUGUUAGGGAGCUUGUACUAAUUUUAUCUAAACACAGAUUACGGGUUACAGUUACAACUUUUUAUUUUGCAAUUAUUCAUAUGACAGUGAGAUAUUAAUAAUACGUGACUAACUGAAAGUGAGUCGUCUAGUGCGUCGGAUUCGUCGUUUUAAGUAACAUUUGGGCAGGAAAAAAAAUGGAAAAUUUCAUAUAUUUCGCCCUAAUUUGCUGCCUCUCCGCUGCUCCCUUGGUGCAUGGGGUCGGUCCUGGCGAAACGUGUCACCCCAGCGCUGGACCUUAUUGUGACGACGACCUAAAUUCAUACUGUGAGCAGGAUCCCCCUUCUUCCGGAAAUUAUAUCUGUAUCUGCGUCCGGAAUUUUUUCAACUACAACGGGGCCUGUACUUCACUUCCCACUCUUCCAUCGCAUCCCUGCCAUGAAAUCGAAGCCCCUUGUGACGCCAUUCACAACACGGAAUGUGUGGGAAACCCCACGUCAAAAACCUGCACUUGUAUCAAUACCUACAGCCACGAUACGGUAAACCGUCGCUGCAUCCUAACCCCCACACAACCCGGCGAUAUUUGCCAACGCACCUCCGUCCCGUGCACCUUUGACCCGACCGAAGUUGCAUGUGGCCCAGUCCGCCCAGAAUAUGAUGGCGAAUCAAUCUGCGAGUGUUUAAACGGUAAAGUGACCGAUGUUCCGAAUCACCGCUGUUUAACGAGACCAGAAAACCCGGGAGAUUCUUGCACCCAGACGUUAACCCCGUGUACGGGCGUGGUCAAUACGACGUGCUCUCCAAAAAGUGGGGGUGACUGGCAUUGCGCGUGUAAUGGAGACCUCGUUCUGCAACCUGACCUGCAAAAAUGUCUCUUUCCUCCGAACAGAGUGGGCGACUUGUGUGACCCGAUUUACAAUCUUUGUGGUCGUGUCGAGGAUACGAGUUGCGCCCAAAAUGAGACAUCUCAAGACGUCUGUAUUUGUCUAGAUCCGCUCGUAACGGAUUAUUUUGCGGGGAAAUGUCUGAUGAAACCGGGUUUUCCGGGGGAUCAGUGUCACACCGAAUUGACGCCGUGCUCAGACGUUCCCCUGACGGAGUGCGGCUCAGAUAAGGCUGACGGGACGGAGACUUACUGUAAAUGUGACGAGGGCUAUGUAACACUUCCGGGUGAGAAGAGAUGUCUUAUUGUCCCGAUACUUCCUGGGGAGGAGUGUCACGUCACGCUUGCGCCAUGUGUCGGAGUGAAUAAUACGAUGUGUAUGGGGAAUAAGUGCAUCUGUGUUGGCGACCUGAUUACGGAUGAAGAAUUCGGGAGAUGUCUCAAUAUACCGGAAGAAGCGACAGAUUCGUGUCACCCGAUGCUAGCCCCCUGUAACCGCGUGGCACAUACCACGUGUGCCUAUUCCAUCCCUGAGGACGAGUAUAAAUGCGCCUGCAUGGCAGGCUACGUGCUUAACCCUGCGAAUAAAAGCUGCCUCGCGAUACCGACCCGACCUGGAGACCCGUGCGACACUACGCUCCCGUUACCCUGCACCGGCGUGACGAAUGCGACCACGUGCUUCUGCGAGGGAGGAUCAAAUUGCUACUGUAAAUGUGACGGGGAUCUGAUUAAUGAUCCUGACCAAGCCCGAUGCCUUUCCCGUCCUCAGUUUCCUCUAGAUUUGUGCCAUCCAGGUGUCGCGGAUUGUUCCCUGGUGGAAAACACCAUCUGCGCACGACCCCCGGGAGAAACGGAGUUCGAAUGUCUCUGCAUUUCCGGGUAUGUGUACGACUUGGCGGGAAAGCGCUGUAUUUCGCCCCCAGUUCAACCUGGCGACCCGUGUGAACCGAGUCUCGCGCCGUGUACGAAUUUCCCCAACACCACGUGCACCUGGACACCCGAGUUUGGCUACAGCUGUCGCUGCGUGGGCGGUCUAAUCACGGAGGAUGGGACGUGUUUUAAAGUCCCGGAAUUUCCCGGGGAUCGAUGCUCUCUUACGCAGGCACCAUGUGUCUCCGUUACGAACACUUCUUGCCUGAGAGACGGACACUUUUCGUAUACCUGGUGUAAAUGUGGGGAUGGAUUUUUUACGGAUUUUUCAGCCCGAAGGUGUAUCCCGCUUCCAGAAAAACCGGGGCAAAUUUGUCUACCCGGUUCGGAUCAGUGUGACAAAAUCCCGCAUACGGAAUGCAGACCGGGUGCGGGUGCGGGAGGAGAUUCGUAUUUGUGCGAAUGUAUUGAAGGCUAUUUUCAAUCUGGAGAAGAGGAAUGCGUCGCCCUUGCGACCAAACCACUCGACCCGUGUGAGGAGGAUGUCCACUGCGCAGGCGUGCCUGGGUCGGAGUGCGGCGAGGGACGAACCUGUAUCUGUAUCCCGGCGGAGUACGACUUGUCCCCGGGUGGGACUCAAUGUCUCGCGAAGGCGGACGAGCUGUAUGAAAAAUGCGAGUUUGACGCGCAAUGCUCGAAGAUGAAUAAUUCGUACUGCCCGCCCGGCAUAAAUAGGACGUGUGUCUGUCACGUUGGGUACUUUCCUAGUGAAACAUUGAAGUUUUGUUUGCUACCAGUGACCCGAAUUGGGGCCACGUGUCUGGAGAAUAUUCAGUGUGAGGUGGGAAUCGGCGUGGAGUCGAGGUGUGGCGCAGAUUCGACUUGUGAAUGUAAAGAAGGAUUUGUACCGACGGAGGGCGGAAACGGCUGUGUUUUGAUUCCUACCACAACCACUACUACCUCGACCACUACCCCAACCCCUCGCCCUAACCUGGAAUGCACCACUGAUGACCACUGUGACCCCAUCAGGGGACCACUUUCGUACUGCAACCCACUCACAAAUCUGUGCAUUUGUUACGAGAACGCCACCCUGAUUGGGACCACGUGUCGGUAUCGCGCCUUCCUCGGGGAUGACUGCACCCUUACCGAGGAAUGUGUCGCCGGAGCGGGAAAUCUGACCUACUGUGCGCCCAAUUUCGAUAUGUGUCUCUGCAUCCCGGGCUACCAUCAGAAUGGGGAAAUGUGUCGGCGAAACGGGGGGAUUGGAAGUACCUGUGACAGGAAUGAAGACUGUAACGCGGUCACGAUUGGAAAUUCCAUUUGUCACGCGGUUGAGAAGAGGUGCGUCUGUUUUCUUGGCCAAGUUCCGGUGUCGGAGUAUGAAUGCGUUUCUAAGGGAGGGGUCCAUACGAGAAGUUUAUUUAUGGUGGUGAUUAGCAUGGUGGUUUGGUUUGUGAAGUAGAUUUAUGUAUUUAUGUAUCAAUGAGAGAUAAGUGUGUAAGAAGUUUUGAGUGAUGUAUGCAGACAAUGGAUAUGUAUGUAUUUAUUUUCAAUUUUUUCAGUCGAUUACGAAAUCACGACCGACGGUCAAACUUUGUGGAUGUGAUUUCCGCUAUUAUUUGAAAAAUUUGUAAAUCUUUUACAUAUUUUUUUAAUUUGGUAAAUAUUUCACCGAUGUGAGACAAAAUUUUUUAGUAAAAAAAAUUGGACCACAAAAAAUCCAGAGUAUGUAAUUCAAAAAUGCAUGCGAAAAUUCGAAUUUUUUUGAUUUUAGCGUACAUAUGUGGUUGGUUAUAUUGGUGUUUUUUUUCUUAAAUACUACGUACAUAUUCAGGAAUUUUUCAUGAAUACAUAGCCGCCCUCUGACUGAUAUGAAAUUGUAAAUAUUUUAUAAAUGAUGGUAACUCUACUGCUAUACUCAUUAAAAACAUACAUAGUAGAAUGGUUGUGUUCUUAAUUAUUAAAAAAUAAAUUUUACGUAUUUAAUAUUUACGAAAAAUUACUUUAAUCGAUUUUUAUUUCAUUAAACGCCUUUGAUUUUUUUGUAGUGGAAUUUUUCGAAAAAAAUGU